CUCUUCUCUGACCUAUCUAGUGUUUCUUGGCAAACACAACCUAAGGCUUGCUGAAGAAGGAUCGAUUGCAGUCAGUCCACAAAAAAUCAUUGUCCAUGAGGGCUGGAACCCAAAGAGUGUCGCAGACGGCAACGACAUUGCUUUGAUCAAACUCUCCCAGAGCGUUGCCCUGAGCAAUCAAAUCCAGCCGGCCUGCCUCCCCCCAGCAAACAGUCUCCUGGCCUCUGGCGUCGUCUGCUACGUAACAGGAUGGGGAAGGCUGCAGACAAACGGCGCUCUCCCAGAUAUACUGCAGCAAGGGCCCUUGGUCGUGGUGGAUUACGCCACCUGUUCCCUGCCUAGCUGGUGGGGCAGCAUAGUGAAACCCACUAUGAUCUGUGCAGGCGGCGACGGGGUGAUCUCCAGCUGCAACGGGGACUCCGGUGGCCCACUGAACUGCAGAGGUGCUGAUGGCAGGUGGGAAGUGCAUGGCGUAGUCAGCUUUGGCUCCGCACUAAGCUGUAAUUAUUACCAGAAACCCUCCGUCUUCACUCGGGUCUCUGCUUUCAACAACUGGAUCAAUACGGUUAUGGCAAACAACUAA